AUCUUUCUCAGGGAUGAAUGGCCAGGUGGGAGAUGUCCACAUUAACACUCAGGAAGCCAGGAUCCACAGGGAAAUUUCACAACUGUCCUCAGUGCUGAAUGGAGCAAGGACAUCUUUUCCUUCAUGUCAAUGGGAUUAGAGGAAGAAAUACCCUCUCCAUACUGCUAGCUGUCAUCUUGGUGCUCAGAAGACAAAAUAGAAAUUCAGUUUGAACAGAUGACAGAAAGAAGACCAUGACAAGUCACAACUUUGGAUUAAUUGAUGGAUUAUUUUCUCAUACAAAAUGAACAAAAAAACUGUCAAUCUCAAGGGAGGUAUGCAAAGAAUCCAAAGCUGCAGGCUCAGAAACAGCAUGCUGCACUGAUAUUCCACUGCUUUCUAAAUAAUGACUGAACCAAGGGGUCAGAUGAAGAGUUCAAAUGCUAAAAGCAGUACUAUAAUGGAACUGCAGUCUGCUUCAUUCGACCCUGAUGUCCCAUCUUCUGGCCAGAGCAACUUCAGAAGAGUCAGCCGCACAGAGGACAGCAGUCCCUAUCCAAUCCCCGGGCUGGCAGCAGACAUCCUGCACAUGCGAGUGAAAGAAGGAAGCAAGAUCCGCAAUUUGCUGCGGUUUGCAACAGCUCGCAUGCAAGGAGAGGGGAAAGACAGCAAUGGGACAUUACUGACACAGGUAGUCUUCACUGGUUCAGGUAGAGGAGUCACCAAGACCAUCACCUGUGUUGAGAUUCUAAAACGUAAAGUGGGAGGGCUCCACCAGGUGUCCAAGCUCUACUACAAGACAGUGAAAGAGGUCUGGGAGAGUCAACAACCAGGAGCACCAGGUAUAACCAUGCAUAGGACAGUCCCUGCCAUCUGUAUCCUGCUCUCUAAAGACCCUCUGGAUCCCCAGGAGACUGGAUACCAAUCCCCCCAAACCCUAAGGGUUCCCACAGAGGACACAGAGAGAGGUAGAGCUCUGAUCAGGCCAGCUCACUGUUCCUUCUCACAGCAAGGAGCCAAGAGAUUCUGUCUGGAUGACUUGAGUGCAGGUUCUCCAUUACCGUCUCCAUGAAAAUCUGAUAAGUCAGAGUAGCAACAGAAAGCAUCCUGACUGGAAACAUUACAAGCGGGCAUGAGAUAGGAUGGACAAGACAGUAGGACUCUGCACCAAGUGAAUGAAACAGCUCCCGGGCAUCAGUGAUAUCGAUGAGAUGCAGGUACCUGCAUAGAGCCCAAAGGAUACUAAAAGACAAUACUCCCCUCAGCAACAGCUUGUUCACCCUGCUGCUGUCUGGCAAGUGAUACAGGGAACAUCAGAGCUUAUUCUGAUGCAAAACUACACAAAGUUGGCCACAGUCAUUAUAAAUAUAAACGCCAAGGUUUGUCAAUAGUCAUUAUUCUGUUUUCUACUUUUGGAGGAAAAGCAUGUGUGUUUUCAUAGAUCACAAGACCGGAAUGUUUUUGUUAAGGAUUUAUUUUCAUCAUAAUGCUGUUGCUUUUUACAGAUGUAAAAACACUGAAAUAAAUUAACUAUGCAUUUC